AUGGACCCAGUCGAUCUACCUGCCUCGUCGAGCGCCUCCCAUACUGGCACAGGCAUGGGCCAGUCAUCACCCGAAUUCGUCGCCCGACACCGCACCCAACAGCAGUCUGAACACGCCACUCUCGCAGCCAACUGGUCGGCUCGGAAGACGAACGCGACACGCUCAGAGCCCAACAAUCCGUCUUCCGCCCUGGUCUUAGCACAGUUCUGGCCUGAGAGACUAUGGCGAAACAUGAGGAGGCGAUGA